AUGGCCGAUGGUAUCGUUGGGCGUCUCGAGCAGUUCCUUGGGCAGAUCAACGAGCUGGAUGAGCUGCCGCAUUCUUUCGAUGAUACUUUGAUCGACAAGUUUGUGGACAACAUCACGCGAAAUGCUGAGGUCACUAGCUUCCUUUAUCGAGAAGCUUCGUCUGGCGGGAUGAAGCAAUGUGGACCAGUGCGAUGUGCCGUCGUAUUACGCCUUCUGAACAAAUUCUUGGACCAAUACAAUAGCGCGGAGCAAGAGGCUCUUCUAAAAGAGCUCCUCGGUAUACUGACGGAUCAGCAAUGCCCGGCUGUCAGGAUCUGCGCAUUAGAAAUAGCGAUUUCUUUGCGAAAGUACGUCGAGCAGCUACAAACAACCGUUAAUUCGGCUGAAUGGGAAGCAAUGCCCAUCAAAUACACCGGCAACUUGGGGUCAUUUUUGCUGGAUGAGCUCUCAAAACCUCUCGAUUCUCUAGUCAGGGAGAGCUACCAUCGCCUACUCACACAUUUUCUGGAAUCUCUGCCGCCUGUGAACUUGGAUUUGAUGAUCAUGUCAGCCCGCACAUUCCCCAGCACCGAAUCUGCCAUCCAACUGCUGGUGGCGAUUUUGGCAAAAUCAUCUCACGAGACGGCAAGUGGCGUUCUGACUGAUGGGUGGACAAAUGAGGCUCAGCGAAUAAAUGCGCUAUCCAGAUAUAUCGAGCGGACCCGCAAAAUGGAUACCGCCCUCAUAAAUUCGAUGCUGAAUUCUCCCAAAGUCAAGCUUUUGCAUUUCCUACGUGUUGCUAGACAAUGUGAAGCUAAGGAGGAUUUUCGAGAAUUAUGCCAAACUUUCGGGCAGUUAAUUUCCGAGAAGCUACUCUCAUCCAGCCUGCAAACAGAGCUAUUUCCCGAAUUGAUCGAACUUUUUGCAAGCUUCAAGAUGGACUGGGAGGAGAGUCAACCCUUCUUUCUAGUACUGAUGCGGAACGUCAUGGAAAAGCCGAUUAUUCUCGAGCGAAUUGCGCAAUUGUAUGGCUUCGACAAAUUGAAAGACGAUGCGCUGACCUGGGACCUGAUGACAAAGAGCUUGGACGAAGCGCUGGAUAGUGAUGAAUGGGAGCUCUGUGAUUCUGCAAUCGAGCUGCUGGCCUGUUGUCGCAGUGCAAGCCGUGAUUUCCUGACAGUGCGGCUUGACAAGGUGAAGAAGAUGGCUGUUGGCAGCGAUUCUCCGUAUGUUCGCGCAUCGGCUUUGCGUUGCCUGGCCCUACAUCAACAUGAUUGUGCCCUGGAAAUAGCGUGGAGUAGAAUAGCAGCCGACAAUGAUCCCCAACCAAGAUUUGAAGCGGCCCAGAUUUUGAAGGCACACUUUGGCAGCUCAAGUGUAGAUGGCCGCCGUCUGUUGGACUUACUUCCAAAACUACUGAAUGAUUGUGACAUUGAGGUACGAGAAGAGGCGGUGAAUGUGGUGGCAGUCUACCUACGCAGUUCACAAGACCAAUCGCUCGCUGCAGCUUGUCGUGAGGAACUCAACAAUUGGACGUAUGACGCAGAGAUCGGACAAAAGGUACAACGGUUGUUGUCGCUUCCGCAUAAAGCGGCUGGCGACGUGACGGUCAAGCUGUUGGAUGACAUGUUGCGCGCCUUGACCAUCGUCGAUGAUGAUACGAUUGAUUGUUAU